AUGGCUACUAUUAGAGUACCAGAAGUGGUUCCUUCUCCAGCUGAAGACUGUGAAAAACUCAUGAAAGCUUUCGAGGGAUUGGGAACAGACGAGAAGGCAAUAAUUAGGGUGUUGGGUCAAAGAAAUGCAAGCCAGAGGAAGAAAAUCAAGGAGACGUUUCAGCAGAUUUACGACAAGUCCCUUAUCGAUUGUCUCGAUUCUGAAUUAUCUGGUGAUUUUGGGAGAGCUGUGAUCUUAUGGGCAUAUGAUCCUCCUGAAAGAGAUGCAAGACUUGUGAAUAAAGCCCUGAAAUCGAGGAAGAAAAAUAUCACGGAGUUACAAGUACUGGUAGAGAUAGCUUGUGCAUCGUCACCUCAACAUCUGGCUGCCGUAAGGCAAGCAUAUUGUGUUCUAUUUGAGUGUUCUCUUGAAGAAGACAUCAUAUCGAAUGUCUCACUGCCUGUGCAAAAGGUCUUGGUCAGUUUAGUAAGUUCUUAUAGAUAUGAUAAAGAAGCAGUGGAUUCCAUCAUUGCCAAUACGGAGGCAGUUAUACUGCAUGAUGCCAUUAGAGCAAAAAAUUUAGAAGAUGAUGAUCUUGUGUGGAUACUCAGUACAAGAAACAUCUUUCAGCUCAGAGCAACUUUCCAGUGUUACAAGGAUAAUUACAGGAAAUCCAUAGACGAGGACAUUAGGGCUUGUGGUAAAGGUAUUUUGGAAUCAAUUUUGAAAGUAGUGGUUUGGUGCACAGACUUCCCAGAAAGACACUUCGCGGAGGUUGUAAGAGCUUCAAUUGUUGGGCUUGGGACUGAUGAGGAUUCACUGACUAGAGCCAUUGUAACUCGAGCUGAAAUCGAUAUGAUGAAAGUCAGAGGAGAAUAUUUUAAUGCGAACAAAUCUAGUCUCGACAAUGCUGUAAUUGGAGACACCUCAGGGGACUACAAGGACUUCCUAAUGACCUUGCUUGGAGCAAAAAUCUGA